ACGUCAAAGAUGAACUUUCAAGCCCACCUGUACAUUGCUCCAUUCAUUUCCACAUGUGUGUGACUGUACAGACAGCUCGACAAGUUGUGUAUUAAAGGAAAACACAAGGUGUGAAACACACACCUGCUGCCCACAGAGACUCGAACACACACUGGUCGAGUCAUGAAGCUGACUGUGCUGCUCUGUUCUGCUCUGCUGCUCUCCUUCUGUGGUGAGUUCAUAGAGGGGGAGAUGUGUGGAGAACACGACGACUGUCCUGAACACAUGGAGCCCACAAAGGACGAAUCGCUGGGGCCUGGCUGUGAGGAGUUUACAGGGCCACUUUGCACCAAGGAGUAUGAUCCAGUAUGUGGCAGUGAUGGAAAGACCUACUCCACCAAAUGUGUUCUCUGCCAGAAAAACAGAGAAAAGAUGACAGAAGUGAAAGUGAUAAGCAGAGGGGAGUGCUAACCUGUGUCCUGAGACCUGAGACACACACCUCUGGCUGACCUGAGACACACACCUCUGGCUGACCUGAGACACACACCUCUGGCUGUGUAAUAGGCACAUCAUAUCAAUUCCCUGCAUCUUGCCUUCUCAAUAAAGUUACAUACUGCAA